UCCUAAUUCGAUCUGAACUCGCGCACCAGUGGCGCACGAGACCGCUAGGGCUCGCGACACGGCAGAUAUGUGACCGUUACACCACAGUGAUGCGCGACGACUUUUACUACUUUUAGUUCAACUUUUAAACAAAUACUUGACACAAAUAACCGAGUUUUUAUGCUGUUUAUAGUAACUAUGAAAGCCGUGUGCUGGCCGCUUGCAGUUUUAUUGGUUUCAGCGGCGCUGGGUUUGGACUUUGAGCACGAACUGAGUUUCAGUCGAAGAGAAAAUCCGGUGUUUUUAUUGAGGAGACAGAAAUGGAACAAGGAGAAGAGAGUGAAAAGGAGUGAGGAGUUUGUGGGAGAGUCGUGUUAUUCACUGCAGCACCAUGGAGCCAAGCUGCAGGAGGACACGCACACUCGUGUCUUUAACGACGUGUCCGGCUCCGUGUCUCUUGCCUGGGUGGGAGACGGAACAGGGGUGCUGCUGGUCCUCACUACGUAUCAAAUGCCGUUGUUCAUGUUCCGCUUUAGUGAGCCCAAACUCUACAGGAGUGAAGACCAUGGGAAGACCUUCCAGGACAUCACGGAUCUCCUGAACAACACCUUCAUCAUGACGCAUUUCGGCAUCGCCUUUAGCCCGGACAACUCCGGAAAGGUGAUCCUCACAGGUAAUUUGUCAGAGGGAAAAGGCUCGAGAAUUUUAUGCUCACUGGAUUUCGGGAAGAGUUUCACCUCCUCUGACCUGCCUUUCCAAGUGCUGAUGCAGAUCACCUACAACCCGGAGAACAACAGCGUACUGGCCGUUAUUAGCACAUUGUAUGACCUGUGGCUCUCUGAGGACUUUGGGCUCCACUGGAAGAAGAUUCAUGACACAGUGUGUCUUGCGAAAUGGGGGACUGCUGAUACUCUGUUUUUCACCACAAACCCAAACGGUUCCUGUAGUGAAAAAGGAAUACUGGAGUUGAAGAAGACCACAGAUUUUGGCCGAAGCUUUAAGAAGAUAGGGAGCAGGAUUUACUCGUUUGGCCUGGGUGGCCGCUUUCUCUUUGCUUCCGUAAUGUCCACCACGAGUUCAAUGCGCAUGAUUCAUGUGUCUGUGGAUCAGGGUGAGGUUUGGGACAUGGCCCAGCUGCCCGAUGUGGGACAUGAACAGUUUUAUUCUAUACUGUCUUCCAAUGAUGACAUGGUGUUUGUGCAUGUGGAUGAACCAGGAGACUCAGGGAUGGGCGUUAUCUACGUGUCUGAUUCCCGAGGCAUCGUCUUCUCCAAAUCCCUCGAGCGCCAUCUUUACACCUCUACAGGUGGUGAAACUGACUUUACUGUCGUCAGCUCGCUCAGGGGAGUCUAUAUGACCAGCGUGCUGGCUCACGAUGGUUCUGUUCAGACAGUGAUAACGUUCAAUCAGGGAGGAAAUUGGAGGCCUCUAAAGAAACCCUGGAACGCAGAGUGUGACUCCACCGCAAAGGAUCCGGACAUGUGUAGUCUGCAUAUUCACGCCUCCUACAGCACGGCGAUGAGGCUCAACGUGCCCAUGCUGCCGCUGACUGACCCCAAUGCUGUUGGUCUCAUCCUUGCUCAUGGGAGCGUCGGGGACGCCGUAUCCAUCUUGUCUCCUGAUGUUUACGUGUCUGAUGACGGUGGGUACACUUGGACACGUGCACUCAGAGGACCACACCAUUAUGCCAUCCUGGACUCAGGAGGACUGCUGGUGGCUGUGGAGCACAGCCCCAUCCAUCCUAUCUCACAGAUCAAGUUUUCCACAGACGAGGGCCAGUGUUGGCACGCAUAUAACUUCACGGACACGGCGCUGUACUUCACGGGUUUGGCCUCGGAGCCUGGGGCUCGGUCUUUGAGCCUCAGCCUUUGGGGAUACAGACAGCCUGUGUUUAAUCAACACUUGGUGUCCAUCACUAUAGACUUUCACCAGCUGCUCUCCAGAGACUGUGGAGAGGAGGAUUAUGUGCAAUGGCUUGCCCACUCCGAUAACACUGGCAACCCGAAUGAUGGCUGUCUGUUGGGAUACAAAGAAAAAUAUUUACGUCUACGCAAAGACUCGGUGUGCCGAAACGGAAGGGAUUUUGUCAUCACCAAGCAGCCCACGCCGUGUCCCUGCACUCUGGAUGACUUCCAUUGUGAUUUUGGCUAUUACCGUGCCAUGAACAGCUCGGAGUGUUUGGAACAGCCAGAGCUGAAGGGCAAAUCACUCGAGUUCUGCCUGCGUGGCCGUAAAGAGCAGCUCCAAACCAGCGGUUACAGAAAGAUCCCCGGAGAUGGGUGUGAAGGAGGCAUACAACCGGAGAGAAAAGUGAUCGACCUGAGCAAGAAGUGUGCCAGUAACCUGCUGAGUCCAGAGUUUCUAUCUCAGUCAGGAAGCGUGGCUCCUAUUGUGUCCGUCAUCAUCCUCGUUCUGCUCGUCUGUGCCGUGGCUGCUGGGGUCCUGCUCAUCAAGAAGUAUGUGUGUGGAGGAAGGUUCCUGGUGCACCGGUAUUCAGAGAUGCAGAGGCAUGUGGAAGCUAAUGCCGUUGAAGGUGUGGAUGACGUGGACACUACAGAGGCAGACAAGUCCGGUUACAAUGACGAUUCUGAUGAGGACCUUCUGGCUGGAAAUUGAGGUAGAAAAUUCUCAGGUAAACAUUAAACCCCGUGUGGACCCUGGACUCAUUUACUGAGGAAUGAAACUUUUUUGUCCCCUCCUUUUUUUCCUUUAUUUUUCCCCAAGUUCUAGCCACUGGACAGGAGGCAAUUAGCAGAUUUUUUUUUUUUUUUUGGACACCUCUUUUUUUCCCCUUUACUUCUGCAGAUGACUUCACUGGUUGUAGUUUUACAGCUGAUUGUUAGCUAAAGUCUGAUUUUUGAGAAAUUUUAAGGACUGGAUUUUUAGACAGAAUUUCCAGUGUUCUUUAGGCUGACAAAUAGAAAAUUGGUUAUUAGAGAUGGCGUUUUUUUAAUAAAAAAAAACGUGAUUUAGGGUUAAUGCAAAUGUUAUUAACACGAUCACAGAACGUGCUUAAAGGAAUAUUCUAGCUCAGUUCAACCUAACAUGAUCACAACAAAAGGAUUUCAGAAUCUUUCCCUGUACUGAGAAAAGAACUCAAUGUUUCAGCAGAAAACAUAUAAAGAUUAAAUAAAUGGGGGGAAAAAACCCCAAAAACAUAAUAAUAUCCAUUCGCUAUCAGUUUCACCGUUCAAAUUCUUCCUUAUUCUAAAAACUAAAUAAUUAAUGAAUAAACUUUUAUUGAUGCACCGGCAUCUGCCCUUAGACUUGCAUAUAUAAAUGAAUUCAACAUGAACAAGUUUUCUGUUCCUUUCUCAAUGCAGGGAAAUGAAAUUGAGUAAAAACAAAAUCACUGAAUUAUUUUUUUUAAAAUAAAAGUUUCUUCAAACUGUUACAUCUGAAAGAAAGUAAGAAAAAAAAACAGCUCUUUUUAACCAUCUUAGGAACUAGCACAAGCUUAUGAGCACCUAAGACGUAGGAUUGAAACACCAGUGCCAUUUUCUAGGUUUUUUUUUUCUGUAAAAAUUCAGCUAGGGUAAUUUAAAACAGUAUUACAAAGCAAUAACAGUUCACUAAGCUAAGUUUCAAUGAGUGUAUUCAUGUUUGUACAGGCUAAACAAGGCUAAAUGGAUAUGUUGUGCAACGAUUGUGGUCAUUCAUCUUAAUUAUGAUGCACAAGAUGGAAAAAAGCGGCUAGUCACGUGCUUUGCUUCUAGCUUUUGUUGUGUUAUGUCCUUGGGCGGAGGUAUUUUCACAUCUGCACUCUGGGGUUUUUACUGAUGACCCACUAAGCUCAUAAGCUACGCAUUUUUAAGCAGUUGUGCACUGAACAAAAAAUGCUCCUGAUGGUAUAAGAUUAGAUUUUUAUUUUUUUUUGCAUGACUUUGUAGUAAGUAAUAAGUGAUUUUAUGAUAAACAAAAAUGAAUAAGGGAGUUUGUGAACUUAUCUUUUUACUACACAAAGGAAAAUUACUUUUCUUAGCAAUAAAUAAUCUAAUGGCUGUUUGUCUAAUCAAUGGUAAUAUCUAUGGCACAAUUUAGUGCCGUGAGAGUAUUGCGCAACAAUGCAAUGCAGUGUGUAUGUAAUUUGCUCAAAAACGGAGAUGCUUGCGUCUCGGAUUUUAUGCCAGUCGGGAAAUAAAACCCAAGAGGCCAGUCAGUGUAAUAGUGCGAUAGACUUGAGUGCAUAGGUUUGUCAGGAGGGUGUUUGCCCAAAGAUGAUGUGAAUACAUUAUGUUUUUUGGUACUCAUUGUUUUUAAAGGUACAUGUCUCAGGGCCCCUGGUUUUCACUUUCAGCUUCAAAAUGUGAUGAGGAAAAAGCUUGAGUGAGACCUCAGUGUUUGAUUGCUGGAAAGGAUUUGUCACUAUUCGGUAUUUUAAUGCUACUGGGGUAAAUCACAGAAUUUUUCAGCACCUGUCUUUUGAAUGUAAGGGAAUAAACAUGACGUUUUAAUUCCAGAGCUGUAAAUAAAAUAUGUACAGAUAAGCUACUGUUCAUAACUACUUAAUGUCUGACAUUUUAAUCCAAGUCUCAGAAGCCCAACAAAAAUGCAAAGCCUUGAUUUGAUAACAUUUUAUUGUCCUAAGUUUUUGUUCAACCAGAAUAAAGAAUUUAAAACCUUUUA